AUGAACGAACAGUCAAUGGCUACAGCACCUCUUGAUCCAGAUGUGCCAGAAUCAAAAAGUUCCGAUCCUGGCACCACAGCAGCUCGCCCCUUUGGCACAGCAGCAGCAUCAGCAAGUGAAGUUGACCUUGAAGAUGGGCCUUUAUUCAGAGCAACCAUCAAGGAAUACGAAGGCCGGACCAGUGCUUUGAAAGCUCAUUUGAAACGUAUUCUCAAAUCAGCCAGUGCGACAUUGGAAGCCAAAAACAACCUGCUAGAACAAGACAAGCUCUUCAUUGAAGCACUUAAAGAAGCCCCCUUCACAGAGCCAUUGUUUACGCAUUACCUUGAUUCAACAUGGUCCAAGCUCCAUGAGCAACAAGAAAGACUGUCGUUUUGUAUGCAGAACCUGCUGAUCAGCCCACUACAAAAGCUGUACGAUAUGGACAUCAAGACAGUGGACGCAAAACGAAAGCGAUUUGAGGAUGUCAGUAAGGAAUACUAUUCAAAUCUAUCAAAAUACCUCAGCAUAAAGACUCCUGGAAACACAAAAAAGCAAAAGACAGAGUCUGAAUUCCUGGUGAAGAAGAGCGAAUUUGAUCUGGUACGAUUUGACUACUACACCUUCUUGAGGGAUCUUCAUGGCGGAAAAAAAGAGCAAGAGAUCUUGUACCAUUUGUUAAAUCACCAUGAAAAGCAAUAUGCUUACUAUCAAUCAGUGCAAAAGACAUUGGAGCCUCACAAAGAAGGCUUGGAUCAGUUGGCAACCAUCAUUGCCGAAGCUUCCCGUGAGCAGAAAGCCGUGAAUCAGGAACGACAUGAAAAGAGAAAGAUGUUAGUAGAGAAAUACACCACACCCAAUCCGACAGAAGACGAAAAAAUCAAGAGAAAAUCACUGUAUGCCAUGCUGUCACCAACCUCUAUGGGCCCAACAUCACCUACCAACUACGAAUCGCUCUUGAAUACACCCACGUCGCCACCUCAUCUAGACCUUGGAUCAAGUGCAACUGAUACCAAUGAACCGCCACCACUUCCUCCUGUUGGAUUGGGCAUUCAUGUGUCUAAUGCGUCAGCACCAACAGACAGUAAAUUCAAAGGCAUCCGUGAUCUGGAGCAACAGGAUCAAGAUCUGAUUCACAGCAGUGGACGCAAAAAGGAAGGGUUUCUAUUUGCGCCCUCCAAACCCAUCAAGAACACCAACACGCCUUCAUUUGACAUGUCGUCGACCGUCAAUUGGCACAAGUACUGGUGCGUGUUGAGUGGUGGGCAUUUGCACGAGUACAGUAAUUGGAAAAAGCACUUGGAAACGCACAUGGAGCCUAUCGAUUUAAGGUUUGCCACUGUGAGAGAAGCACGUAAUGCUGAUCGUCGGUUCUGUUUCGAGAUCAUUACACCCAAUUUCCGUAGAAUGUAUCAAGCGACUUCCAACGAGGAGCUGUCCAGCUGGAUGGCGACCAUCAACAAUGCGAUUGGCAGCCUAUUGAACGGGAUGAGCAGCUCCACAGAUCUCAAGAAUGGCACCACCUUAAAGAAAUCAAAUACAUGGAAGCAGGCGAGAUCAUUGAGCGGUGCCCUGAGUGGUUUAGCAGCUGCCAAGGACAAGUAUUUGAAAAAGAGACAUAGUCAUCGCCAUCACCACCAUCAUCACGGCGAUCAAAAAUUAGUCAUUUCACCUCCUUUGCCCAAUUAUCCAUUUUCUACGGGCAAUCAUACCACAUCCAAUGAACCGACAGCCACAGCCACAGCACCCAACACUGAGCUACUAGCGCAAUUAAGAAGGGAUCUGUCCAACACGAUUUGUGCAGACUGCUCAGCCAAGAAUCCAGAUUGGUGUUCUCUCAACUUGGGCAUUCUUAUCUGUAUAGAAUGCUCGGGUAUCCACCGCAGUCUCGGAACACACAUCUCCAAAGUAAGGUCAUUGACACUGGACAGCGCUUCAUUCACACCAGACAUUGUUCAGCUCUUACUGUCUAUCGGUAAUGCGAAAUCAAAUGCAGUUUGGGAAUCACAACUCCAUGACACUUCCGCCAUCAGCAAACCUAUACCAACCGAUACCAGAGAUACCAAACUGAAGUAUAUCCAAGCAAAAUACGUGGAUAGAUCUCUAGUCAAGCCCACAUCGGGCAUCCUGGAUCCCAUGAAACUGCUUUUCAGGGCCAUUGAACACGAUGAUAUCCCAAGCGCACUGUACGCUAUUGCACUAGGAGCCAAUGUCAACGAGCCCUUACCAAGUGAUGUGUUAGUGCCUAUCAUCAAAAAGAAGAAAUCCUCGCUACUCAAGUUGCCUCUUUUGGACGCACAGGGGAAUGAGUAUCCAGGUCGCACGCUUGACGUGGAGCAACAUCCACCCAAGGGGGAAGACUUGUUUGUUGUGAGGUAUGCGUUGCAUUACGCCCUAUUAUCGCCACAGCAGUACCAGUUGGAGGACGUUGAAAGUAACAGCAGCAGCAGUGCCAGUGGUGUUGUCGGUCCUUUGUCCAAUGCUACUGUCGAUGAUAUUUCCAUCAGUGCCAGUAACAUGAGUAGUAUGAGUAGUGAUGAAAGCAGCACGCAUAGCAGCAGCCCUAGUUGCACAACCACGAAGUCGCGCGUCUUCUCCAUGGCGGAGUUCUUGUUUCAAAACGGUGCUGAUGUAGCUACGGUGGAUCCUUACACUGGCUGUUUACUAGCUGACUUGAUCGGUUUGGGCGAGCUCGUGGAGGAUGAAGCGAUCGUCUAUCUCAACAUGAAAAACAGUUUGCGUGGUCAAUCACCCAUUGUUCGAAGUCAAACCCUGCCAACUCCUGUUGCUGCUCAUGCCACUACCACUUCUACAGACACUUAA